UUGCAGAAGACAAAAUGUCCAAAUUGUCGAGGCGGAAGAAGGCAUCAAAAAAGUUAUUGGUCGACGAUAGUGGAGAGGAUUUCAAGGUGGAGGAUCAACAAGAAUGCCGCAACAAUUUAUUAAAAGAAACAGACGCUGAAAAAGAGAAUAAGGAUGAGAACAUGCGAAGAGGAGGAGAAGAAGAAGAAGAAGAAGACAACGACGAAGAAGAUGGAGAAAACUCUAAACAAGAAAAGGGAGAAAAACAGAAUUUGCCCGAUUGUCCUUUUUGUGGAAAAGACUUUAGGAGCGCACUGACCUCUGUGCGCGCCGGUCAUCUGAAGUCCUGCGCGCGUAAGAAAGGUGUUGCCACCAGCACGCUCAUGGAGGUUGUUCAAUUGGAACGGAAACAGGCAGAAGAACGCAAAGCACUUGGGCUUCGACCCCCCUCUCCUCUUCCGGACAGGAACAAACGGAAACCGGAAGUAGUGAAAAGACCGAGGACUGAAGAUGAGGGUGGAGCAGAUCCUGAUCUUGCAUUAGCUCUGGCUCUUUCUCUCUCUGUUCAACAACCCUCGCAGGUUGAAAUUGACCAGAAAAGGACAGGCGUACCAUCAAGUCCUAAAAUGUGGCUUCCACAACCUCCAAAGGAGGAUACUAAGAAGCGGCGAGGAGGCCGGAAAGGUUGGAGGCCGCCGACUAUCCUCGAAUGUAGAACAGGAGCAGAAAGGGAGAGAAUUAUUGGAGAAAGAGUUGGCAGUAUCCUUUACCCAGAGAACCCCCCUCUUCUUCCCAAAAUUAUCAGAAGGUGGGAGGGUGGUAGACUCUGCGCCCCUGAUCUCCUGAGUAUCCAGGACGAUAGUGCCCGUGUAUGGAACUGUUCGUCUUCUGCUGACCGGCUCACACCGUCCAAACUAAUCGUCCAGGAGCUUUCAGAAUACAUGAACCCUCGUCUCUGUUCUGGUAACAAGGAGUCUGUGCCUGAAGUCAGGCCCCAGGAGGGUAUUCAAGGUCUAGCCCCGAGUUUGACCCGUCUAAGUGAAGAUCUGUUGAAGCUGCUGACCGCUAGAACAGGAGAUUGGGAUCUUCAGAUUAUCUGCAGAGACGAGAGAACGGUUAACUGUCAUAAACUAGUUCUUCAGGCCCGUUGUCCUGUCCUACUCAGAGGAAUGGUGAUAGAGGAGGACAAAACAAGUACAAAGCAGUACAUCGUUCUUAGUGAAACAGAUGAACUCAUAGUACAGAUUGUUCUUGAAUAUAUCUAUGGAGGGGUUUUCAAUCUUCAUAAGAUUACUGACAGGUAUCAGCUGCAAGCGUUGAAAUCACUCAGCCAAGAUCUAGCACUCCAGGAAAUGUUGAACUGCAUCAAAACUAUUCAGAUUGAUGAUGUGGAUGAGGAUGAAGUUGAAAACAACGAUGCUCCUGGUGUUGGGUCUUCAGGCAGUGCUGCAUCACGUUCUGCAACUUCUCCAGAUGAUGCUCUUGAAGCUGGCGAAGCUUCUGGAACUCAAGCACUUGAUGCUCUUCUUGAUCAACUUAGUCAAGACAAUGACGAAAAGGAGGAUAGAAAUGAAGGAGAUCUAACUGAACGUCCUGAAGCUGUUCUUUUAAUUGAAGAGAAUAAGAACGAUAAUGAAUGGGAGUCAUUUUGCGAGGUAUUAACUCAGAAGCGCAGAAAAAGCUUGAAUGAUGAGGAUUCUGAUGAAGAAAAUAAGGAUACAGAACACGAUGAUUCUCCGGUUAAAGAUCGGGGAUUUGAUGAGCAGAAGAAUGAUAGUUUCGAAAUGGACAUAUUUGAUGAUGAGGACAUCAUGGAAAAUGAAGUAAACUCUGCAAGGAAAGAGAUUGAACCAGCUCUAUUAGAAGUUACUAAAACCCCAGCAAAUUCUCCAGAAUCAAGAGUGUGUGUGACUUCCCCAGACAUGUUUGCGGUUUCAGACGAUGAAGUUGAAGAUUUCCAGCAGAACCCUCAGGAUAAUCCAGAAGAUGCAUUUCAAUCUUUGACCGCGGGAGCUCGGAUAGAAUCUCCUAUUUUGCUAUCCUCAAGAUCUCCUUCAAAGUCACCUUUUCAACCAUCACCUUCCCCUAAACCCUCUUCACCUAGACCUAUUCCAAGACGAAGCCUCUCCUUCCAAGCUGAACCACGUGGCGCCCUUAACAGCUGUUCUGAUGUUCCAGAAACUUCGGCACGAUUGGAAGACAAGUCUUUAUCUCCGGAACAGCUGGAGCCAAGCGGAUCAUCCUCAGAUGGCUGCAGUCAGCCUGUUUUCUCCUUUCAGGCGUCAACAUCACUGGAGAUGUCAACUCCUGUGAACAGGAAGAGAAAACCUUCGUCUUGUAAAGGAAUAGAAAGCAGAAAAAGGAGUAGAUAUGAGGACAACGACGAUUAUCUUCCAACUCCUGGGAAGCCAAGAGAACCAGUUUUACCUAAAGAUGCUACUAAAGUUAUAACUGAUGAAGCUGAAGAGCUCUUGAAUAUUAUCAAGCAUGAUCUGUUGCAAGGAUGUAAUGUUAAGGAUUGUUUGGAAUCUUUGCUUGAGCAAAGUGUAACUGUUCCUCUUCUCCUCAAAACAGGAAUCGGAAAAGUUGUUCGAAAAUUUAAAACACACGACGGAGAGGUUGGGACCUUGUCCCGUCGUGUUGUCAAGAAAUGGUUACAUCUAGUGGAUCAGUGUGAUACAGAUCUAGGGGUUCAACUACUAAGCCAGCAAAGUGCACAACAAACCCAAGAAGAAGAUCAAGCCUCAAGAAUACAUCAGAAACAGUCACAAUCAGACACUCCAGACUUUAGUCCGAGUUCUGACAUGCCAGAUUUCAAUCCAAGUCCUGAAAUACCAGAUUUCAAUCCAAGUCCUGAAAUACCAGAUUUCAAUCCCAGUCCUGAAAUACCAGAUUUCAAUCCCAGUCCUGAUAAACCAGAAUUCAAUCCAAGUCCUGAAAUACCAGAAUUCAAUCCCAGUCCUGAAAUACCAGAUUUCAAUCUAAGUCCUGAAAUACCAGAAUUCAAUCCCAGUCCUGAUAUACCAGAAUUCAAUCUCAGUCCUGAUAAACCAAACUUUCCCAGUCCCAACUUACCAUAUGUUAAUCCUGGUUCCGAAUAUCCUCCCUCCAAUUAUAAUCCUGAUCAUGCAUCUGAUGACCUUGAGUCCCCAGAACUGAGGUCAGCAAACGACCGCAUGGAUAAUGGCCGACCUUUGAAGACUCCAGUUAACAAAAGAUUAUUGCUGCAGGAUACUCCUAAGUGUACUCCGAAACCGAAUUAUGAGUCUAUGCUGACUCCUGAACUGCGAGCGGAACUUCAACGGUUCGGAUUAAAGGUUGUACCUCGAAGAAAAGCUGUUCAGUUUCUAGGACAUAUUUACAAUGAAACUCAUCCAAUUGUAAAUUACAGUGGAGGCAGUGUAAAGAAAGGAUCACCAAUUAUCAAUAAGAAUCUUCAACGAAAUCAGAAAAUACCCCGAAAGAACAAAUCUCCGAAAAAGAGUAAGAAAUCCACCAAAACUGCAGCAGAACCUAAAACUUCCAAACAUGUUGUGAAAACAUCUAAAAAAGAACAGAAAGAAAAAAUAAAGGAAGGAUCUGACGUUGAAGAUGGGAGUGUAUCAGAGGGUGAGGAUGAGGUCACCUAUCUAGGACUAGAGGAGGAAGAAGAAGAGGACUUUAUGUCACAGAUUCCGAAUGAUUUGACUCUACAUGAUCAGUUAAAAACUUUUAUAAGAAGGACCCCCGACUUGUACCAGACAAUACUCUGUUAUGAACCAAUUUGGUUAACUGAGUUCAUUGCUCAAAUUAAACAGGCUGGAAUAAAGUGCACAAAACUUCAGAUUUUAGACUUUUUAGACAAGGAGUGCAUCAAUUUUAGGUUUGAUCGUACAAAUCGGAGAAGAGAGAAUACGACGAAAAAAUCGCCGAAAAAGUCUCAAAAAAACCGAGGACGACCAAAACAAUUGACAAAUUUUAGUUGAAAUUCUACCACUGUGAUAAAUUUUAUGUAUUUGUAAAAACUAGUUCUUAACAAAACAGAUUUCCAGUAAUAAUAAAACAUACUAGCUGAA